GUACAUAACGGACGAAGGUCAAAGCUAUUCACCACUGCGCGCGACUUCUUCUGGGCUGCUCGUGUGUGUGUCGAGCGAGACAGUAGGAAGUGCCACCAAGCCGCCUCCAUGGGCUCCGUCGACGCUGCCUCCACCGCCCGCCCCCUCCAUGUUGUAUUCUUUCCCCUGAUGAGUCCCGGCCACAUGAUCCCCAUGGUCGACAUGGCCCGCCUCUUCGCCCUCCGCGGCGUCCGCUCCUCCGUCGUCACCACCCCGGGCAACGCUCACAGCGUCCGCCCCGCCAUCGACGCCGCCGCCGCCCUCGGCCACCCCCUCGCCCUCCACCUCAUCCCCUUCCCCGACCCUUCCGCCACCGGGCUCGCCCCCGCCUGCGAGAACCUCUCUGAUGUCCCCGCCGCCCAGUUCGACAACUUCGUCAACGCCCUGUUCCUCUUCCAGGCCCCGGUCGCCGCCCUCCUCCGCGACCUCCGCCCCGACGCCCUCCUCUCUGACUCGCUUUUCACGUGGACGGCCGACCUCGCGGCUGACCUCGGUGUCCCCCGCCUCAUAUUCCACGGCGCCGGCGCCUUCCCGCAGUUCGUUAUCUGCAACCUCCUCGGCCACUUCCCCUUCCUGGAGUCCUUCACCAUGGACGGGCUCCCCCACCCGAUUCGUCUCUACAAGGACGGCCUCCCGGAGCUCAUGGACAACUUCGCAUUCCUCCAGCUCCUCGGGGAGGCCGAGGCCAAGAGCUACGGCGUAGUCGUCAACACCUACCGCGAGAUGGAGCCUGCGUACGUGGACUACUACAAGAAACACCACCCGCAGGGGCUCCGCGCCUGGUGCGUUGGGCCCGUGUCCCUCUGCUGCCGGGCGGCGGAAGAGGAGCGAGCCAAGCGCGGGGGCCUGCCGGCCACCGAGGCGAACCGGAUUCUGUCCUGGCUCGACGGGAAGCCGGCGGGGUCGGUGGUGUACUUGUGCUUUGGUAGCCUCUGCCGCCUCGGCGUGGCGCAGCUACGGGCGAUCGCAAAGGGACUGGAGGCGUCGGGCCGGGCGUUCCUGUGGGUGGUCCGGCGGGACGCGGAGGGGGGCCCGGAGGCGGAGGAGAAGUGGAUGCCGGACGGGUUCGAAGAGCGCGUCCGGGGCCGCGGGCUGCUUGUGCGGGGGUGGGCCCCGCAGCUGGCGGUGCUGGGCCACGCUGCAGUGGGAUGGUUCGUGACCCACUGCGGCUGGAACUCGCUGCAGGAGGCGGUGUGCGCCGGCGUGCCCAUGCUCACCUGGCCGCUGUUCCACGAACAGUUCAUCAACCAGGAGCUGGUGGUGGAGGUCAUGGGGGCGGGGCUGCGGGUGUGGGAGGGCCUGCGGCGGUGCCGCUCGCCGGAGCAGACGCCGGAGCUGGUGAGCGCGGAGGAGGUGGAGGUGGCAGUGAGGAAGGCCACGGGGGGAGGUGAGGACGCGGAGGCGGUGAGGAGGAGGGCCAAGGAGUACGGGGAGGCGGCGAGGAAGGCGGUGGAGGAAGGGGGGUCGACGCACGAGGACGUCACCAACCUGAUCAAAGAGCUGGAGGCGGUGCGGCUUCAGAAGGCGGGUCAGGGGGACGCAGCGCAGUGAACUGGGUAUGCUGGUGGGCGACGAGCUGCUCACCUUCUUCUUCUUCUUCUGAUGCUACUGCUGUUACUGUAGCUGUCGGCAAAUGCUAUGGCGUAGUUCAGCUUCUGGGCUUAUAUGUUCUCAAACAGUUUCUCUGUCACUUCAACUUGGAAAUAAAAUGCUGUAGCAUCAACAAAUAAA